AAUGCAGUUUGGGGCCUCUUGCCACUACAACCACGGCUGCAACUGGAUCCUUCAUCAAUUCUGAAUGUGAAACAGAUCGGAAACAUUGGUCAUCACGUCAACUGUCCAAAAUUAUACGUUCUUCGAUGUACAAAACGUUUCCUGCUUUAAAAAAAAUUUUACGUACUGGAUUUUUUGGCAAACAUACAGUUUAUAUACCUCGUUCAAAGACUAAGAAGAUGGUAAUGAACAAG